CACAACUUUCUGCACAAUCGCGAAGUUGGGCCUCGCUGGACAUCAUGCCGGUGAUCUGUGCGGCAACCGGGUGCAACAACAAGUUCGUCAAAGGUUCGGAAAUCAGAUUUUACCGGUUUCCUCUCAGCAAACCACAACUCGCCAGCAAAUGGGUGCACAGCCUGGGGAUGAAAAACUUCAUCCCCACCGCCAACACCUGCCUCUGCUCGGAGCACUUCCGGACCGACUGCUUCAGAGACUACAACGGCAAACAGUUUCUGAGGGAGGACGCCGUGCCCACCAUCUUCUCCCACGGCCAGGAUUCAUCCAAGAUGAAUGUGAAAACUCCACAGAUUGAGCUGCGUAAACGAGGAGUGAUACCGAAGGAGGCGCCCGUCGUGAAUCCGAUGGGAACGCCGGCAGACAGAGAGCGAGCCAGAGAGGCGGCUCUGCGUCGGGAGAAACGAGGAGGAAUGAGGGGCGGACGAGGCGGUCGAGGAGCGAAGCAGCUGUCGGACAGGCAGAGCAUCGGGGCCAAGAGCAGAGUCUACGACAGCAAAGGCCGGCUGCUGUCCAACGGCAAGGACAUGUGCGACUGCCUGGACGUGGACUGCAUGGGCUGCUUCUACCCCUGCCCCGACUGCGGCUCGCGGAAGUGCGGCGUCGAGUGCCGCUGCGACAGGAAGUGGCUGUACGAGCAGGUGGAGGUGGAAGGCGGGGAAAUCAUCCGGAACAAGUUCGCCGUUUAACGCCGUCGGAGGACUUCUGGGAGCUACGGCGCCGGGAAGUCGGACAUUUCCAGACUGUGAAGCUUUUUAAUGGAUCCAGUGGUUUGAUGUUUCUCUGUGCUUCGUGGAAACACCGCCUGCAGUUCAGCUGAAAACAUUUUCUGUCACGUGGCUUCUUUUAUUUUUUUUUUCCUUCUACAGGAUCUGUUUAACGGCUUAUUUUUGACAAGUAGGUCAAAGUGGAAGGAAGCUCCCAGUGAUUGUCUGUAAAUGGGAUCAGAGGGCUUCUGGGAACUGAAACGCCCUCCAGUCACACCCCAGUUGGGCUGAUUUGAGACUCUGACGCUUUCUGAAGAAAUCAUUUUGCAAAGCUGCUGCCUGCGGUAGAAAACGACGCUCCCGCUUGUCUCGUUUGUGCCAAUUUGCGAUAAUAAACACACUCAAAAAUGUAUAUUUAAUGACGCGCUGUAACGUGUGCGGCGAUGACGUUCCACCUACAGCUUCUGUAAAAAGUAUUCAACCCUGCUCCAGAAAUGUUCCCCUGCAUUGAAUUUUGGUCAAUUUAUUUUGGCUUUUUCACAAAAAAUUCCCCAAAAAAGACUCUUUCAUGUCAAAGUGAAAACAGAUUUCUGCA